AUGCUUUCACCAUCAGAAAAGCAUCCUCUGCUCCCGCUGAUUACUUUAAGGCUGCGGCAUGAGAACCAGUCUGAAGGAAGGACAAUCCAAGCCCCAGAUACAUCGAUGCAGAUGAUUAGUCCCAGAAUGGCCUCAGGAAUGCAAGAGAAACAGUACACUCCAUCUCUGCUUAGUUUUUUUAUUUACAACCCAACAUUUGGACCACGGGAAGGAGAGGAAGAGAAGAAGAUAUUAUUUUAUCAUCCCAGUGAUGUGGAAAAGAAUGAGAAGAUACGAAAUGUGGGCCUUUGUGAAGCUAUUGUUCAAUUCACAAGGACAUUUUGCCCAACCCAGCCAGCCAAAUCUUUGCACACACAGAAAAACCGCCAGUUUUUCUUUGAACCUGAAGAAAACUUUUGGAUAGUUAUGGUUGUACGAAACCCAAUGGUUGAAAAACCAAACAAAGACGGUAAACCUCCAACAGUAGAAUACCAAGAAGAAGAGAUCCUUGACACUGUUUAUGGUGCAGUUGUGAGACAGUGCUACUCCAUGUACAAGUUAUUCAAUGGGACAUUUGGGAGAUCAAUGGAAACUGGAGGACUUGAGCAGCUCAUCCAGAAACUUGAAAAGUUCUUCUACAGAUAUCUGCAGACUCUCCACUUGCAGUCCUGCGAUCUGCUGGAUGUGUUUGGAGGCAUCAGCUUCUUCCCCCUGGACAAGAUGACGUACUUGAAGAUCCAGUCGUUUGUGAACAAAGUGGAGGAGAGCCUCAGUCUCAUCAAAUACACCGCCUUUCUUUAUAACGACCAGCUCAUUUGGAGCGGACUGGAACAGGACGACAUGAGGAUCUUGUACAAGUACCUGACCACCUCACUGUUCCCCCGACACUCUGAGCCCGAGCUGGCUGGCAGAGACUCUCCUCUAAGGCCAGAGGUCAUGGGGAACCUGUUGCAUUAUGGGAGAUUUUUGACGGGACCCACCAAUUUCAAAGACCCAGAGGCAAAAUUCCGGUUUCCAAGAAUCUUUGUCAGUGCUGACGACGGCUAUGAAGAGCUGCAUCUUAUUGUUUACAAGGCAAUGAGUGCGGCUGCCUGUUUCAUGAUAAGUGCUUCUGUGGAGCUAACGCGUGAGUUCUGUGAGCAGCUGGACAGCCUCGUGGGCCCUCAGCUCACUUUACUGGCAUCCGAUAUUUGUGAGCAGUUUACAAUCAACCGCAGGAUAUCAGGGACUGAAAAAGAACCUCAGUUUAAGUUUAUCUACUUUAAUCACAUGAACCUGGCUGAAAAAAGCACCAUCCACAUGAGAAAGACGGCCAGUGUCUGUCUCACCUCUGUGCACCCCGAUCUCAUGAAAAUCCUGGGAGAUAUCAAUUGUGACUUUGCAAGAGUUGAUGAAGAUGAAGAAAUCAUUGUAAAAGCUAUGACAGACUACUGGGUAGUGGGGAAGAAGUCUGACCAGAGAGAGCUCUACGUCAUCCUGAACCAGAAGAAUGCUAAUUUAAUAGAAGUAAAUGAGGAGGACUUGAGCAGCUACACACCGUACUGGGAGACAAACGUGAUUUUAAUUAACUAUUUGCUAAACCAAGCAAACAUGGAGUCUAAGUUUUCACGCCUUCGUCAGAGAGACAACAGUGUCUCGAUGCUCAGAGUGAAAAUGUCCCGGAGGAGGUCUCAGUCCCAGAAGGAGAACCGCCAGCACCUCGUCAACACCCGCAGAGGGCUCGAUGCUCUGCAGGAGCUGGACAUGUCCGCGUUGGACGCGUCCAUGACUGCGGCAAAUAUGUCCAUCAUUAAAGACAAGAAGAAAAGCCUCACUGCGCUGCCCAAAAAUGUGGCUGGUGAGGAAAGGCUGAAGCAGCUUCAGCGUUGGAAAGAACGCAAGGCGCUUGAAAAGGAGAAAGAACAGCGAGAAAAAUCAAAUAAAGGAGUAUUUAAGACUGGACUGUAUCAUCCUAAAGAUUUUAGUAUUUGCCCUCUGCCUUCUGUCCUCGCUGGCUCUGGGAGAGGCAAAGAGAUGGGCACAAAAGCUGCUCCAGCUCAGAGCACGAGAGUUACACGCUCUAUGAAGCAGCAGCCGGUGCAAAAGCCUCUGAAAAUGCAAGAUGUAAAUACAGCUGCAAAGAAAUGUCAACCUCCAGUAGAAGGGUCAACCAGGAGCCGUAUUGUAUCCAAUAAACCGGUUGCAUCUAAAACAAAAGAGCAGCCGGACACACGUGGGCAGUCCACUAGAUCUGGCAGAUCCAAGCCUCCAGUUACUGCGGCUCCUGUGAUGAAAGACAAACCAAAGGACAAGUGCGCAGAUGUUAGGACGACCAGAAGCAAAGUGACCCCUCUUGCUGAAGAAAAAUUCAAUGAUGGUGUCCCCGCUGUUUUGGAGGAACAUAAUUUGAAACCAGAUGUUCCCACGCUCCAGUCUAAUGAGGACAUGGAGCAGGCUGCUCCUGACCCUGUUGAGGUUCCAAAGUCUGUGUCCAAAGCAUCUUUUGCCCCUGAUGGAUUUCUGUUCCGAGCACCUGAUGGCCUGUCAUCCAUUAAGUUGGAGCCUCUCACUCCUCACUCAGCAGAUGCAUUUCUCACACCAAGCUCCAGUUUUACUCUUCCUCCUGCUCCAACAUUUGAUGAAGAUCAUAAAUCUAUAAAGGAGUCGUUACCUCCUAAAUCACCUCCAACAUCUGCAGCUGACGCAGAGGAGCCACAGCAUGAUGUGCCGUUUUUCAGGUCUGAAAUAGUCAAUGAAACAGAGCGACUGAUGGAGCUCUGUACACACUGGGAAUCUAAAGUGGAAGAUGAGUCCAUACCAGAAGAAAUGAGGGACCGCAUGCGUACUGCCGUUGGCCAAGCGAGACUGCUGAUGAAGGAGCGCUUUAGACAGUUUAGUGGCCUGGUGGACGACUGUGACUUUGGCCGUGGUGAGAAGAUCACGACCUGCACUGACCUGCAGGGCUUUUGGGACAUGGUGUAUUACCAGGUUGAAGAUGUACAUAAGAAGUUUGAUGCUCUCAAAGCUGCAGAAGGCCAAAGCUGGCUGGAGGAACAAAAACCUGUACCUCGACAGAGAAAAGUAGUAAAGAAAUCUGCAGAUGCACCUGGACCAUCAAAACCCUCAGGAACAAAAGCAGGAGCAAAGUCUCGCCUGGCUGCUGCAAAAGCAGCAAUGAAAGCCAGACAGCAGGCGGCGGAGUCUGGAGGGUGUCCGGACGCAGAGCCGAGCUCACAGAACACUGACCCGUUGGUUUUCAAUGCAGGUCUUUUGAAAGUUGUCAGCCCGAGCAAACCAGGUUCAGUGAGGAGAUCCAGCCGCCUCAGUGCUGUGCCUUCUCCAUCUCCAAACUGCCUCACACCCAGGAGAGUAACUCUACGUUCCCUGGUGUUUGCACAUACUCCUGUGCAGCAACCCAUGACUACGCCCCCCUGUCCACAUUCUGUUAACAAAACAUCACCAGUACAGUCUCUGAAAGCCACUCUACCACAGACUAUUGCUUGUGCACCUGUGAGUGUCACUCCAAACAAAGAAAUGUCUUCAGACUUCACAGAACAAUCAAAAAACACAGUGCUGGACUCUGGACACUCGGUCACCUCCAUUACUGUUGAAGAGCCAGGAAGUACAGUUGCAAACAAAUCUGAUUUCAUUCAGAGCCCAAACCUUGCACUGUCUCCAUGUAAAAGCUCAGUGGAGUCUGUGUCCCUGAGUUUCACGCUGUCGCCCCCAGCAGAGAUCUGUAGCCCUCAUGCAGCACAGAACCUCCUUAGCCCUCAGGACUUGGUGACAGCCACACCAGACUCCUCAGCUCAUGAGGCCGUUAACAUCGACUUUGAGCGUUACCUGCAGCCAUCUCAGAGAGUGAGUUUAUCGCCUCGACAGCCAUUUUCCAUGGAGUCGUCUAUGGUGAUGGAUGUAGAUAUGGAGAGUCCCAAAGGUCUACCUGAGAUCCCGCUGGCUCAGCAGAAUGCUGUUUGUACAUCACUGCCCACGGUGCCAACACUUUCUCUUCAGUCACCUCAGACGGUGGAGUCGGCCCUGUUUCUGUUCACCCCAGACCUGAAGGACCGCAUCAGACAGUCUGUCUGCCCGUCUGACCUCAUGGUCUUCACCCCCCCUCAUUUGCAGGAGUGA